GCCGUUACGUCAUAUCCAAUGGACGCCGAGUUCAGGUUGAAAAAAUAGAAUAAUAUUGCAAGCUAGCCAGACACUUACUUUAUUCGCGAAGUCAGUGGUCUAUAUUUGUGAACAUUAUAGAUGUUCUAUCGCUAAUGUCGUUAUGAUAGUUUCUAUUUGAGCGAACGUUUUUCAUUUCAAAUCUUAGGCCGAGGAAUGAAUGAUAUUAAUCAAGGAAGUCACUAGCUGGUUAGCCAAAAGCGUUAGCUAGCAGCAGUAUCUAGCUAGCUAGCUCUUUGUUUUGACUGUGAUGGUCUGAUGAUGUUGAAUAGCUUGGACAGCUGAUGGGUCUCGAGCUAGUGUUUAUAUGAACAUGCAUAUUAUGUUUUAAUGGGUUGUUAAAUAGUAUUGAAUGUGUAAUAACAUUACUUCUUCAACGAGGGGAAGAUACAUUUGGUUGUAAACGAACAAUAGCAAGUUUACAAGCUAGGUAAACAACGAGGGACUGAGAAGUGGACAUGGGCAAUUGUCUCAAAUCGCCGACGUCCGACGAUAUAUCUUUGCUUCACGAAUCCCAGUCUGACAGAGCAAGUUAUGGGGAGGCAGACCCGGAUUUGGAGCCACCUCCGCCUUACCAGGAGGAGGCCCACAUGCCAGUGUACCACCCCACCCCCAGCCAGGCCCGCCUGGCCAGCCAGCUGACUGAGGAGGAGCAGGUCCGUAUCGCCCAGCGUAUCGGCCUCAUCCAGCACCUCCCCCGGGGUGUCUACGACGGAGGACGGGACGGCUCCGAGAAGAAAAUCAGAGAGUGUGUGAUAUGUAUGAUGGACUUUGUGUACGGGGACCCCAUCCGGUUUCUACCCUGUAUGCACAUCUACCACAUGGACUGUAUAGACGACUGGCUGAUGAGGUCCUUCACCUGUCCCUCCUGCAUGGAGCCUGUGGACGCCGCCCUGCUCUCCACUUACGAGACCAACUGACCACUGACCCUAAAUACAACACUACCCCCUUCUGCCGAGCUCUGCCUUGCCACCCCCCUACAAACACACGCACACAUACACACACACUUCCACCAGCCCCAACAAACACACACACGCUGCCCCCUUCCCCUCUGCUUUUUACCUUGGGAUAAGGAGCAGCACAGUGUCUUGGUCGGUGAUGACAUACAAGAGAGAGACUAUGGAAACACUAGUGAUUAACAAUGAAAAUACUUGGACCCAUCCACUCAUCACCUGGAACUGUCUCUGAACUGGAACUGUCUCUGAACUGGAACUGGCUCAGAACUGAAACUGGCUCAGAACUGGAACUGGCUCUGAACAGAAACUGUCUCUGAACAGAAACUGGCUCAGAACUGGAACUGUCUCUGAACUGGAACUGGCUCAGAACUGGAACUGGCUCAGAACUGGAACUGUCUCUGAACUGGAACUGUCUCUGAACUGAAACUGGCUCAGAACUGGAACUGGCUCAGAACUGAAACUGGCUCAGAACUGGAACUGUCUCUGAACUGGAACUGUCUCAGAACUGGAACUGUCUCAGAACUGAAACUGGCUCAGAACUGAAACUGGCUCAGAACUGGAACUAGCUCUGAACUGGAACUGGCUCAGAACUGGAACUGGAACUGGCUCUGAACUGGAGAUGGAACUGAACUGGCUCUGAACUGGAGAUGGAACUGAAUUGGCUCUGAACUGAAUUGGCUCUGAACUGAACUGACUCUGAACUGAACUGGCUCUGAACUGAACUGGCUGAGUCAUGGUCUGACUGAAAGUAGGCAACAUUAGGCAACUGUCUACAUAGGAGGACAAGCAGGCAUAAUAUGUGCGUCUGUGGUGGACUGGGUUCCUGAGUCAGCUGUUGAAUACAGUACUAGGAUUGGGUUGCUGAUGUUAUGGUCAGAAUAGGGGGAGGGGCUGUUACUGUAGUGAUGUCUCACUGCAUUUCCACUUGAGCAGGUCUCGGUGGCAUCCCAUCCCAGCCAAUCAUUAUUCACCAUGAUUAGUAGCUGGGAAUGGGAUUAGAUCAUUUUUUGUCAUCUGAAUUUGGUCACCAGGAGGUAUCCUAUCAGAUUCCUUUGGAAGCCACAGCUGGCAACAACAAGACUAUAACAUGACUCAUCAGUCUUCUAAAGUCUCAAAAUCCCACACUCUGAAUAUGACUUAGUAAUGGACUGAAGCGUACCCUGUUUCAGUGUUUCAAAAUAAAAUAAGUUACAGAGCAUAGUCUCCUUUUAGGAUUACAACAAAAACCAUUAAAGAAUGCACAUACACAGUACAGAAAUCACCCAAAGCCCAUCCUCUAUUAGACUAUGAUAUGUUUAAUGGAGAAACACAUACACUACCAUUCAAAAGUUUGGGGUCACUUAGAAAUGUCCUAGUUUUUGAAAGAAAAGCAAAUUUUUUGUCCAUUAAAAGAACAUCAAAUUGAUCAGAAAUACAGUGUAGACAUGGUUAAUGUUGUAAAUGACUAUUGUAGCUGGAAAAGGCACAUUUUUUAUGGAAUAUUUACAUAGGCGUACAGAGGCCCAUUAACAGCAACCAUCACUCCUGUGUU